GCUCCUGAGGUGCCCAAGGAAGCAUAACUCUAAUUGCUGGAAAGCUAUUUCUUCUCCUGCUCAGCACCCCAUUAAGGUCACUCUGAAGACAAUGAUCAUUUUACUGCACCUGAUUAUUUUCCUGCAAGUAAAAGAUUCCAUCACUGAUCCUGAAUGCAGAAUUGGGUUUUUCCCCUGUGGAAAUCUAACUAUUUGCCUCCCAAGGACGUUUCACUGUGAUGGUGUAAAAGACUGUGAAAAUGGGGCAGAUGAGGAGUACUGUGGGGACAACAGUGGAUGGGCAAAUAUUUUUUAUGAAGUCCACGGAAAAACCAAUGAUGUCCUUGAACCACAAGAAUGUUGUCUCUCCAGGUUCCCAGAAAGCUGUGAGUGCAAAGACACUGAGCUGGAGUGUGUAGAUGUCGAUUUAGAAGCGGUACCGUACGUCUCCAGCAAUGUAACACUUUUAUCUCUAAAGCAAAACAAGAUUCAUGCCCUUCCAGAUGAAGUUUUCAUUGGCUAUCAUGAUUUAACCAAGCUGUUUCUUCAACACAACUGUUUGAGAAAUAUAUCCCAGAAGGCCUUUUUUGGAUUGUACCAUCUACAACGACUUUACCUGAGUAACAACUGUAUCAGCUAUCUACAACAAGGAAUAUUCAGCCACUUGCGUGAACUCAAAUGGUUAAUCCUGGAUGAGAACCCAAUAAUUAGAAUUUCACAGGAUAUUUUUGCUGGAUUGAAAUCCCUGUUUUUUCUGUCAAUGAUAAACAAUUCUCUGGAAGCCCUUCCUCAAAGGCUGUGUGCCCAGAUGCCACUUAUCAACUGGAUGGAUUUUGAAGGUAACAGAAUAAAGACUUUGGAGAGCUCCAGCUUUGUGACAUGUAACGAGCUGACUGUUCUGUUUCUACGCGGAAAUCAGAUCAGCUUAGUAAAAGAGAAUAUAUUCUCCUCAUUAAGAAGCUUAGCAGAAAUAGAUCUGUCAAACAAUUUAAUCACCCGCGUGCCUCUCUCCAGUUUUAAAGAACUGAGUCACCUUCAGAAACUAAAUUUAGGCUGUAAUCCUCUCUCUCUUCACACUGAGCAAUUUGAAAGCCUGCAGCAUCUCCAGUCGUUAGACCUGGAAAAAAUCGAAAUCCCCAAUAUAAGCACAAGAAUGUUUCAGCCGAUGAAGAAUCUUUCUCACAUAUAUUUUAAAAAGUUUAGAUACUGCUCCUAUGCACCCCAUGUACGUGUUUGCACCCCCCUAACAGAUGGGAUAUCAUCAUUCGAGAACCUUUUGGCAAACACCAUUCUCAGAGUAUUUGUGUGGGUCAUUGCUUGCAUUACAUGCUUUGGGAACAUCUUUGUUAUUGGAAUGAGAUCGUGUAUCCAGUCGGAGAACAAGACGCACACAAUGUCAAUAAAGGUCCUGUGUUGUGCUGACUGUCUUAUGGGAAUCUAUUUAUUUUUCAUUGGGGUGUUUGAUGUAAAGUACCGAGGACAGUACAAGAAAUAUGCGCUGCUUUGGAUGGAAAGCCUCCAGUGCCGAAGUCUUGGAUUCCUGGCAAUGCUCUCUACUGAAGUCUCAGUUCUGUUGUUGACUUUCUUGACCUUGGAAAAAUAUUUAGCUAUUGUUUUCCCAUUCAGUAAUAUUCGACCAGGAAAACGGCAAACGCUAGUAAUCCUUAUAUCACUAUGGGUAGUUGGAUUUAUAAUAGCUAUUGUUCCAUUUUGGAAUGAAGAAUUUUUUGGAAAUUACUAUGGAAAAAAUGGAGUUUGUUUUCCACUUUAUCCUGACCAGACAGAAGAAGCUGGUGGGCAAGGAUACUCUCUUGGAGUGUUUUUAGGUGUGAACUUGCUAGCCUUCAUCAUCAUAGUGUUUUCCUACAUCAGUAUGUUCUGUUCAAUCCAAAAGACCGCCCUUCGAACAUCAGAAGUUAACAGUCAUAUCCACACAGAUGUUGCUGUCGCCAACCGAUUCUUCUUCAUAGUAUUUUCGGAUGCUGUGUGCUGGAUUCCAGUGUUCCUCCUAAAAAUACUCUCGCUUUUUCGCGUAGAAAUCCCUGGCACAGUUACCUCGUGGAUUGUGAUAUUUAUACUCCCUGUGAACAGUGCCUUAAAUCCCAUUCUCUACACACUAACAACAAGCUUUUUCAAGGAGAAACUCAAGCAGCUAUUACAGAGACAGAGGAGAAGAUCGGUAUUUAGGAAUGAAAGGAAAAGUUUAUCUACUUCUUUGGUCUGGACAGAGGAAACCCUAGUUCAGCAUUCUUCACUCAAACUUGGAUUUCUUCAUAAAAAAUCAAUAGACAACGGCAUUAUCAAAACAACCUGAUAGUGUGUGAGGCUUCACGGGAAGCAAGUCAAAACCAGGGCCAUUUUUUAUUGGUGGUAGGGUGCAUGGGAAAAAGCAAUGUUGACGUAUAUUCCUUUGGAGGUUGUUGAACUACUAUUUCUAGCUGCUGUUUGGUAUUCUUAAACAACAAAUGUAGUGGUAUAGGUUGGGCAGUACUGUUGCCAUUUUUGCUAUACGGUCGCCUCACUGUGGAACACCCAAGGACAACUUUGGCCUUAGCAAGUGCUUUUACUGCCUCUCUUUCUGAGGUAAAUGCAAAAAUAUACGUUUGGGAAAAACUCGUGAACCAGCAUGGAAUUAUAUAUCUCAUUGAGAUAAAAAGGACUGAACAUGCUGGAGAGAAUUAUGUCACAAUACAUCAUUAUUUUUUCUUUGUGACUCAAGUCAUUUUGCACCGAACAAAUGACUGUUAAUAAGGAGUAAUAGUAUUAUUUUAGUAUAUUUCGACUUUUUAUACUUUAUUUUAUUGUCACUAGCACCUCAGCUUAAAAUUAACAGAAUCUUUAUUGUUUUCUUUAGAAAGUAUUUGAGUGCUCUGGUCCAGAAAUCUGUAACCUGACACCAGCUGUGGUUGAACUACAAGUCUUGUCAGGCCUGGGAUGCUGGUGUAAUUUCACAUAACUCAUAUUACCAAGAAGGGCACCAUUUGGUCACCCCACUUUUAUUAUUGUUAAAAGCAACUGAGUCUACCAACCUCGACACUGCAAAUAUCUACAAUAGUGACCUAGGGGAAAGUAACCAAUAUUAUCGCACCAAUAUUAUCCUACAAAAUGAGUUUUUGUACAAUAUUUGGUAGUUUUAUGGUGGGAGACAAGCCAGCCGAUAUCGGCAGAAGGCUUGGCUAUUGGUCAGCUCGUCUAUCGGGCAAGUUGUAAAAUUUUUAUCGCCCACUGUUGAGUUGGCCAUAGACACACCGAUAAUAUUGUACAGACUAAUAUCGUCAGAAGACUUGGAUAUCGGUUGGCUCAUUGA